AUGUAUUACCAAAUCGGCUUCGUCUUCUUCCUUCUGCCUUCCUUCUUCUGCACGACCCCACGUGCCGACAAACCCGGCGCACAACGCCCUAUCACCCGAUCUUCAAACAUGACCUCGAAUGGCGCUUACGUUCCCCCUCACAAGCGCGGGUUCCGCCCCACCUCUGAAACAAGCGCCUCAACUUUGAGCAACCCUCCGCUGUCUAUUCGCACGUUCCCACAGCCCGACUCCUCUCGUUCUUUCCGUAAGAGGCCUUCGGACCCAUAUGCAAACUUCCCCGUGGCGUUCAGCGGUGCUUUUAGGCGUAACAACAGGAACGGGGAGAAGACGUACACCAUCCGGCAGAUCCAGGAGCGGGUCCCUGGUGCUAGCUCGCACACGUUUGUCCAAGCCGCCCCUCCCCUUCGAGACACAGACGAGCACGAGCACCCAAGAGCCUCGGUCGACCCCUCAGUACAGGACCCUCCCUGGUAUCAGAAGAUAUGCCGUAUUAUGGUGCACCUUGAUGCGCACCCUGCGGGGCCCGAGGAACUCUGGACGAGACAUAGCUUCCCCUUACUGGAAGCGAGCAUGACCUCGGAGUUGAAGAUCCCCUUAUUCGUCCAGCUCCCGAACCAGAGGUGGGAGUUCAAAGGCCGCUCCGAGAUCGCUUUGUAUGAGAUAUUUGAAGGAGGGAGCGAGGAGGUGCGGGGCUUUGUGGAAAAGAGAAAGGAGAGCGAGAAGCUGAAAUGGGUGGAGACUUGGAAAGAUCUAUUGGGGAUGGAUUGGGCCAGAGUGGAGCUUAGUUUGGCGGAGGACCAGAGUUUGGGGAACCCGAUGGAGGGGAUUUAG